AUGGGACGCCGUCUGCAAACGCAGCUACCGACACAUCCAGCCAACUUGUACCCUAAUGUGAAGAUAAAAGACCGCCAGUUGGUAGAAGAAAAGGAAAGCUCGUAUCGGUUGCACCAACAGCGCAACUUUGACAAGCGUCAUAAAGCAAAGGAACUGCCAACACUUGAACCAUGUGACCGAGUUUGGAUAAGAGAUCAAGUUCGGUAUGGCCUGGUGACAGAGAAAACUGAGAAACCCCGAUCUAUACUUAUCACUACAGAAAGGGGCACACUCCCGAAGAAACCGCUCUGCCUUAGUAGCUGCAGCAAAACCCGCUGAGACCGAACAACACUCAGCUAUGCCAGCUGGUGAUGUCAACCAUGCCUCGCCAGUACAUGUCACCCCUGUAUUGCCAGUGCCCAGCACUCCGCUAAGGCCUCAGACUCCGCAGGUGCCCCCAUCACCACAGACAGCUGUGCCAGUAGAUACCCUCGGAACAAUACUGGAAGAGUGCGUACCUCCACGAAGUCCAAGCCCUGCAGUCCUGACAACUCGGUCAGAAAGAACUGUGAAGCCUCCAGAACGCUUGAAUCUUUAG